UCCGACCAUGACUUUAAUAUUUGUGUUCGGUUAUCCGCAUUUUUGAUUCGAUUUUUCGUUUUUUUUAAUAUUUUGCACAACCCUACUUCGGUAUAACCCCCAAAAAGAUAUUCGGAUCUUCUUUCUCUGAGAAUUAUUCCCAUUUUCCAAUGACAUGAACACUUAGAAUUAUGAAUUACUUUUCCGGUUGACUUUUGAUGCUCUUUGUUCUUCACCAGUUCACAGCGUUGACUUUUAUGGGUUCUGAAUAAUAGCACUUGAAGAACAGGAAAUUGGAAAAUGGGGUUUUCGGAGUUAUUACGGGUUUGUGGAGUAGCAAUUGUGUUUUUUCAACUCAUUACCGCGGGUUUUGGUUGGGGACAACAUGGUCACUAUGCUAUUUGUAAAAUUGCAGAGGGAUAUCUUUCUGAAAAUGCUAUGGCUGUUGUGAAAGAGCUGCUUCCAGAGUCCGCGGAAGGGGAGCUAGCCGCUGUCUGCUCUUGGGCUGAUUUAUUUCAAGUUCGUUCCCACUAUUACUGGAGCCGUGCCUUGCAUUAUGUUGAUACACCUGAUUUCAGGUGUAAUUAUGACUACUCCAGAGACUGUCAUGAUUCUGUUGGACGCAAGAGUAGAUGUGUGACGGGGGCAAUCUAUAAUUACACGCAGCAGCUAAUGUCAGCAUGCCAUAACCCAGCUUCUGAAUUUAGAUAUAACUUGACUGAGGCUCUCAUGUUCCUGUCACAUUUUGUUGGUGAUGUUCACCAGCCUCUACAUUGUGGUUUUCUAGGCGAUCUGGGAGGGAAUAGAAUUCAACUUCAUUGGUAUCGGAGGAAGGCUAAUUUGCACCAUGUGUGGGAUACGGAAAUCAUUGAUACUGCCGUGAAGAAUUUCUAUGGUUCAGAUCUCAACAACAUGAUAGAAGCCUUGCAGAGAAAUAUCACGGAAAACUGGUCCAAUUACGUUGAGUCAUGGGAAGAAUGUGAUUCAAACCGCACAGUAUGUCCUAAUCCGUAUGCAUCUGAGAGUGUUAGCCUGGCUUGCAAGUACGCGUACAGAAAUGCCACACCAGGAAGUGUAUUAGGAGAUGACUACUUCCUCUCCCGGCUACCCAUAGUGGAAAGGAGACUGGCUCAAGGCGGGGUCCGCUUAGCAGCUACUCUCAACCGUAUUUUCAAAUCAUGCGGGCUGAUCUCCAACGCAGGAAGAGAAGUGCAAGGAGCAAGGUUGGCAUGAGAAUACAUCAUUCAAUUUAGUUUUUUCUUCAAAGGAUCACAUGCUGUUAGCAAUAAAAUGGAAAACCAUACCAUAAUUCUUCAUGGUUAUUCAUAUUGAAGACUUGAGGUAAUUUAUCAAAACUAAAAGAAGAAGAAUAAGUGAUUGGAUCGAUCAUUUAUUUUGUAAAUAGAAAUGUGUAUAUAGUGUAUUCCAUCUUCUUUUAGAUAAAUUCAGCGAGUUUAUUCAAUGCUUAUUGUAAAAUUGUUUAGGCAUAUUAUCAGGUGUUAUCCUGUUAUAUUCUCGAGUUUUCUUUGUUUAUUGAGUCGAACAGAUUCGUAUUUCGUAGAUGCUGUUGUAACAGAUAGAAUAUGCCGAAGUGUGAAGUCGCUUGUGCAAAGUGACAACUUGUUGAUUACUCAAAAUAGUUGUGUAAAUGAGACUUGUACUCAAUGUUAAUGUCUGUUUGGCAAGUUUAUAAAUAA